AUGCCACCGCGCUCACCGCCGUCGCCGGACCCGCACCCUUCGAAACGCCAACGCGCUUCGUCGCCGGAUAAAGACUCGCCCUCCUCGGGAAAUGGAGGUCCUAUCUCCCCCACCACCGAACAUUCGUCACAUGAUGGCGCCGCCCAGAGCUCUAAGAUUGGACAGUCUAGUAGUUUUCGCAACGUCAGCGCAUGUAACCGGUGUCGGUUGCGCAAGAAUAGAUGUGACCAGAAACUACCUAGUUGUGCCAGUUGCGAGAAAGCUAGGGUCGCCUGCGUCGGAUACGAUCCAAUAACCAAAAGGGAGAUACCGCGCAGUUACGUUUAUUACCUAGAAACUCGGGUCGAUCAAUUGGAAGCUCUGCUUCGUCGCAAUAACAUCUCAUUCCCUCCCGCUGAUAACCUUGAAUACUGUUCGCGACCGGGAACCGACGGCGGUGUUGGACGGUCGCCUACAGACGGCGCGCCCUCCGCCGCCGGCGGGAUUACGGAAACAUCGAGCAGUGCAAAAAAUAAUAAGACUAGCGACGGAAUAGAGAAGCCGAUCAAGACAGUGAGGCAUAGUGGAAGUGGCGGACAGAGGCAUCUGGGGUCCGCUAAUGGAAUAUCAUUUGCGCGUGUGGUAUUUGCUGCGGUUCAGUCAUCUGUCGGGGAUCAGAAGUCCAGUUCCGACAAAACUGGAGUGCGGCCGUAUAGGCCGAUUGCUGGAAAUGGAAUGACCGCGUCGAGCACAUCAAUGCGUGAUUCGUUUUUUGGCCUCCAUACCCGACCAACCAUCAGACCUGCCGAAUUCCCACCAAAGGAUCUAGCGAUCAAGUUGGUAGAGCUAUAUUUCGAACACGCAAAUCCCCAGAUACCCGUUCUCCACCGAGAAGACUUCAUGCAAAUGUUCGAGCGUGCAUAUGCUGAAGAAGGUAAAGUUCGAGGACCAAAGGAGCUCUACGUACUAAAUAUGGUGUACGCUAUUGGCGGUGGCAUUAUUAUGGAUGCGCAGACCACCUCUACUAAAGUGGCCGGCGAAGAGAAGAAACAGGCCCAGCCGGAGGAAUAUCACGCAAGUGCUGUUGUUCAUCUGGAAGCCUGUUUGAGUAAUAGUGGAGGAGGACUGGAAGAACUUCAAGCAGUGUUACUGCUAGCGAAUUUCGCUUUGCUUCGUCCAGUUCCACCUGGAUUAUGGUACAUCGUGGGCGUCGCUGUGAGAUUAGCAGUUGACUUAGGUCUCCAUUACGAAGAUGGAAAAGACGUCGAAUUUGACCUAGGUGGUCUGACAAAAGCUAAGGCCGAUGAAGCGAACGACAAACCGCGAGAGGCCUAUGCACGUGAAAGAGGUCGACGAGAGUAUAUCCGCGACUUGAGAAGACGAUUAUGGUGGUGCACAUAUUCAUUCGACAGGCUUGUUAGUACUUGCGUCGGACGACCAUUUGGUGUGUCGGAUCAAGUGAUUACGACUGAAUUUCCAUCAUUGCUCGACGACCGCUAUAUUACUCAUGCAGGCUUUAGUGGGCGUCCGGCUGAAGGAGAACCUACCUAUAAGAUUGUAGCCAAGCAUUACUUUCGACUCCGGUUAUUGCAAUCCGAGAUUUUGCAGGUCUUGCAAUACCAACAAACACAAAUGGCAAGGUUCAAUGGCCAGAACACAAGAAACGAGUAUAUGCAUACUCAACUCCCUUCACCUUUCUUAUCAAAAUUUGAUUCUUUUAGGAAUUGGCGGAGAAAUAUCGAUGAACGACUAUAUGAGUGGAAGAAUUCGGCGCCAACAAAACAGGAUUCGGGAGUUGCGUUUUCACCAGAAUUCUUAGAGCUUAAUUACUGGCAGGCCAUCAUUAUGCUCUACCGACAGAGCUUGAGCGUACCAGCUAUGUUUGAGGGUGAAUAUAAUACCUCAAAAGAAGUCAACAGUCCAUCCAUCUAUGCUGCCGAGACACGGGAGGACGAAGAAAGAGUAUACGUCAAGGUUGCCGAAGCAGGCCAGAAAAUCUUGCGUUUAUACAGACAAUUACACCUAAUGGGACUCGUCAACUACACGUAUCUGGCAACACACCACCUUUUUAUGGCUGGAAUUUCUUAUCUCUAUGCAAUUUGGCAUUCCCAUGUCGUCCGCAGCCGACUGACAAUGGAUGAAGUCGAUUUCACGAUAUUAGCAGCUACUUCCGUUUUUACUGACCUUAUUGAGAAAUGUCCACCAGCAGAAGCUUGUCGAGACGCAUUCGACCGAACAGCAAAAGCCACGAUCAAAAUGGCAAAUUCGACAGGCGGUUUUGGGCAGGUAUUACAUCGGAGCAAGCGCGGGCCAAGAACGGGCAAUGAAAGAGCCGACUAUCUCAAUUCUAGAGACGGGGGCGCCAACCGACAUAAGGCUCACCAACGCUCGUCUUUGGACCACUCUGGUUCCCGAACUGCUUCAUCUUAUACUACACCUGGACAGGAGAGUUACAACUCGCUCGAUACGACAUCCCAAAUGGGUUCUAUACAAGGACAAAACAGCGGUUUCCGUCUUUCUAUGCCUAACGUUAAAUCAGAACAGGAUGGAUAUUCGAUGUUACGAACUUUGCCACAAUCAACUCUGAGUACCGCAAGCAUCUCUGACGCGGCGUCAGUUCCCGAUAACUCAGCUAUCGAUCCCGUUCUUCUCCCUUCUCCUGGCGGUGCACAUACCAAUUCUCCAGUAUCCGUCAACAGCAUGACACCGCAGUCCAAUCAGGGACAGUAUUCUCAGAAUACCGGAAACUCGAAUUUUAAUUUGCUUAGGUCACCCGGUUCUAGCUACACACCCGGAGCCGGAAUUAACUACUCUGAUCUACAAGGUAUGGAUUUCUUGCAAGGUAUCCAAGAUCAACCGAACGCAGACGGCACAGUGAAUACGGAUAUACAAAUGGAUAUGGGUUUCGGACUGGGCUGGGAGGGGAUGCAUCACGACUUUAGUGACGGUCAACAAGUCGACCUUUUCGAUGGCUUUUUCUUUGGAGGACAGCAAGGAGGUGGCUAA